UUUUAAUUAAUAUACUUCUGUAUUCACAGUAAAUAUGUUACGUAGAAUCAUCUGUUUAACCACGUUAUGAAAUGUCUAAAUACAAUAUAGAAAUGAACGACGUAUUUAACAAGUUUGAUAAAACGAAUGCGAUAAUAGAUAUAAAACGCAGCUUUCUAUCUGAGCGCACAAUACCAGAUGAUAAAGCGAUUUUACUCAGGAAAUUACUUUCUGAGCCUAAAUUCGAAAGCAAUGUGAGUUACGAUGAUAUAUGCGGACCUUGGAAAUUUGACAAUGUAUCGUUGCAAUAUCAACGCGGUUACAUAUCCUCGACUUUAUAUGUUUCCAAAUUGAUAAUGCCCGAAGAUGUAACUUAUAUGAAAAAACAGCAAGAUAAGAAAUUGAUUUCGCUAUUUCUCGGUAAACGUGCACUUUACUCGAAUUGUUUAAAUCCAUAUUUCAGAGAAAAACUAUUCACCGAUCAUCAAAUUUCAACAGUCCUAGAAUUAGUGCUCUCAACUCAUCGUUUUUAUCUCGCAAACUAUUGGAAUACAGCUGAGCAAAUAUACAAAUAUUUUACAUACAAUAUUUAUUCACAAUAAUUUUAGGAUCCACCAAAAUGUACAGAAAUAUUCACACCAAAUGAAACUGGAACAAUACUUGAAUUUUUUCGCGAAAUAUAUCUGGAAAAUCUUGUACUGUUACAUCUCGUUUACAUGAUUCAUUACCGUAUUGUUAUGCAAUUUGAUGACCAGCCACGAUAAAUAUAUUCGUAC